AUGGGGAACUGCUGCAGAUCUCCGGCAACCGUUGCGAGGGAGGACGUCAAGUCCUCCAACUACUCCGGACACGAUCACCGCCGGAAGGAGAAGUUGUCCGGCACCGUCAAGAAAGCCAUCACCGUCUUAACCGACCUGAAGAAGGAGAACAUCGGGGACAGGUACUUAAUCGACCGUGAGCUCGGCCGCGGCGAGUUCAGGGUCACCUACCUCUGCAUUGACCGGGAGACGAGGGGUCUGCUCGCCUGCAAGUCCAUAUGCAAGCGGAAGCUGCGGACGGCGGUGGAUGUGGAGGACGUGCGGCGGGAAGUGGCUAUAAUGAAGCAUUUGCCCACUAAUUCAAGCAUAAUGAGCUUCAGGGAGGCCUGUGAGGACGAGAACGCUGUGCAUUUGGUGAUGGAGCUGUGUGAGGGUGGGGAGCUGUUUGAUAGGAUUGUUGCUAGGGGACACUACACAGAGAGAGCGGUGGCUGGGGUGAUGAGGACGAUUGUGGAGGUGGUGCAGCUCUGCCACAAGAAAGGGGUGAUUCAUCGGGAUUUGAAACCGGAGAACUUUCUGUUUGCGAACAAGAAGGAGAAUUCGCCUCCCAAAGAAAUUGACUUCGGCUUAUCCAUCUUCUUCAAGCCAGUUGACGAAGUUGGUUCUUCAGUUAUAUUCGUCACCCGAAACUUGCGACAAUUAAGUGUGAACAAGGAUGAUGGAGGGUUUCCUUCUGAGGCGAAUGCACCUUCUGUUGUAAUUCCUGAGCACUACAAGUUCAUACUGCUAACUACUCCCACUUGA